AUGGACAAGUCACCUUGUGCUUCCUAUCUCCACACCAACUACUCCCCCACGGCUUCAGAAAUUCUUGAAAUCAAAGAUUUUCUAGCAAAGCCACUUGCACGGUUAAACCAUCUAGAAGACGAGAUUAACCGGUUGAAUGCAAUCAUCGAAAAAUUAUGCGACGAGCAUGAGGCUUUGAACGCGGAAAUCGAGGCUCACAGAGCUCUUAUCUCUCCUCUUCGUCGAAUGCCUCUUGACAUUAUGGUGGAGAUCUUCACCCAUUGUCUCCCUACAGAACACAAUGCCGUCAUGAGCACUCGAGAAGCUCCACUUCUGCUAGGUCGUGUUUGUAGCGAAUGGAGAUCCAUCACACUGUCAACUCCACGCCUUUGGGCAAGCCUUCACAUUCUAUCGUCGCCACUAGGGUCCUUCUUUGGCGAUUCUGCGCCUGAUUUCGAGAUUGAAAAAUGCCGCAAGGGGGCAGAGGAAUGGAUUCGCCGCUCGGGAGAGUGUCCUCUCUCUCUCUCCCUUCACAUUCCAAGUCCCAUUUAUCAUUUCAAAAGUUCUGUGAUGCAACCUUUUGAGAAGGUUUUGCAACAGAUACUCCCUUCUAGCAAACGAUGGAAGGACUUCAACUGCAGAGGCCGAAACGACUCGUUUACUCAUUUCCGAAACAUUGCGGAGAGUGAUGUUCCGAUGAUGGAAUCUCUUGGAAUUACCAUCGUACCUGGAACGGUUUCAGAGUUUUAUGUUGAGACUACCGUGAUGGACAUUUCAGGUCUCCUUUCAGCCCCAAAAUUGCGGAAGCUCUCGUUGACAAGUUUUAGAGAAAACCUUCUUUCCUUGCCAGUGCGUUGGUCACAGCUCACCCAGCUUACAUUGAAUGCGGAGGACUCCAGCAAAUUUUCGAGAACGCUCAUGUACAGCCAAGUUGGCAAAGUCUUGAAGAACUGCUUACAACUCGUGAGUUGUAGUCUUCGCCUCGGAAACACCCGACACAAGGAUGUGCAGACCGCACAACUCAACCAUUCAGUGUCCCCGAGCGAAUACACUUUUACUCUCCCACUUCUCUGGAAGCUUUGCCUCAUUUUCAGUGACAAAUCAGACGAGGUGUUUUUGAAAUACCUUGAUUUACCCGUCCUUCGUCAUCUGGAGAUGAGCUUUGAAAGAGUUGGAUGGCGUAAUGGGCCUGACUCAAGGACGCAAUCAACGAAUCAGCGCUCUAAUUUCAUGGGCCUCCUCGAACAGCAUGGUCAUAAAUUGAAGCAUCUUGCCCUCGACACACGGUUACCUAUUACCUCCCUUUAUCAAUUGAAGUCUACAACUGAUUCUAUUAUUGAUGAAGUUGUUGAUCGGCUCACCCCUUCAGACGAAACCCCUGAUUGUCUCUGUCCUGUGCUAGAAGAAUUUCGGUGUAAAGGCUCAAUGGGCGCAAGCUUUUCUGAAGCACGUUUGCUAUCUUUUGUUGAAAAGCGGUGUGUUCACGGGGAAGGGUCGACAUUGAAACGAGCUGGUGUCGCCCUUCAUCGAAACGAGCCAGAGGACCUUGAAGACUUCCUUAUUUCUCUGGAUUCUAGGAUUGAAUGUGGAGACUAUCUUCAUUUUGAAGAGCUUGAUAACGCACCAAUUGACGCACGCAUAUUCGUUAGAUCUAAGCUGGGCGAGGGACUCGCUGCGACGGUUGUGGACAUUCAGUACGCACAGAGCGAACCGGAGCAAGAAGAAGAAGAGGAUCACACCUCGGAGUCACUGACUCCAUGCUUUAUUCUUCGAAUUUAG